UUGAACUGCGUUUUAGUUGUCAUUCCAAUUACAGCCACAAAGCGGCAGUGCCGAGCGUCUAAACCGUCGAUAUCUCAACCGCUUCAAACAAGCACACGAAGAAGAAAGAAAACCGGGAAGAAGAAGAAUAAAGAAAUAAUCGUCGCUACUCAAGUCAUAAUGCCUAAAACCAAGGAAGUGCUGUCCUCCACCAGUGGAAGCGAAUCUGAGAGCGAGGUUGAAACCAAGACAAAGAAAAGGAAGUCCAGCACGCCAGAGAAAACGGUGAAGAAAGCAAAAGGUGGGGAGACCUCAAAGCCGGGAGGCUCGUCCAAAGAUGGCGGCAACAGCGAGGACAACAUGUUUCAGAUUGGAAGGAUGAGAUACGUGAGUGUCCGGGACUUCAGAGGGAAAGUUCUGAUCGACAUCCGAGAGUACUGGACCAACUCAGACGGGGAUAUGAAACCUGGGAAGAAAGGUAUCUCCCUGAACCCAGAACAGUGGAGCCAGCUGAAGGAGCAGAUUUCAGAAAUCGAUGAUGCCAUAAAGCGAGUAUAAGCAUUCCUUCCAAAGUCCAGCCUCUUUUUCUCACGUCUGGUCUGGAACGGUUUACGGACUUCUGGAACGCUGAUCUAGUUUAGUCUUUUUCACCUACACCCUCUUUUCAACCUAGUUCAAGUAGCAGCGUCAAAGUGUGCGUGCGUGUGUGUGUGUCAUGUUCCAGUCCAGUGUUGCUGAAAUGUGAGUGGAUAGUCAAGCUGUCGAUCCACUCACUCAUUUCACUUCCUCCUUGGACUUAUUUCUAAUCGUUGUGUGUGUGUGUCAUGUUCCAGUCAAGUGUUGGUGAUAGCGUGAGUGGAUCGUCAAGCUGUCGAUCCACUCACUCAUUUCACUUCCUCCUUGGACUUAAUUCUGAUAUUUGGGUGCUGCAGAAUUCUGACGUCUGUUCAAACAUGUUGGGGUCAAUUCCUACAGACUAUUGUUAGUUUUUCAAAAUAAAUGGCAUCAUUGAAAAGGUGGAA